UAGGGUAAAAUGGGAACGGGCGUGCCAUGUCCAAGAGUCAGCUGAGCACUUACUAAAAAUCGUUUUUCGGUGGUCGCCGCCUUGUCAACUAAUAUUGUGCUGCACUGUUGAUUCAUCAUGGCAUACCAGUUUGGAGUGCCACAAGACCCUAAUCAGCUCGUCCAGGAAAUAGGAUCAAACAUUCAUAAAAUAACACAACAGACAUCUGAGAUCCAGCGAAUUAUAAACCUUCUGGGAAGCCCGCAGGACACCGCCGAGCUCAGGCAGCAGCUACAACAAAAACAGCACAAUGUUAAUCAGCUGGCUAAAGAAACUGACAGAUGCAUGAAGGAAUUUGGAUCCCUCCCUGUCACCACAGAUCAGCGUCAGAGGAAGUUGCAGAAAGACCGCCUUGUGAACGAUUUCAGCAAUGCUCUGGCAAACUUCCAGAAGACUCAACGGCAGGCUGCCGAAAAGGAAAAGGAGUUUGUUGCCAGAGUCCGUGCCGGUUCCAGGUUAUCGGUUGGCCAUCCUGACGAGUCCUUCGGAGGAAUUCCAUCGCCUUUUGACAGUGAGAGCCAGUCUCACCUUCAAGUCCAGGAGGAAUCCUUUACAGAGGAUGACUUGCGUCUCAUCGAGGAGCGAGAGAGCGCCAUCCGCCAACUGGAGUCUGAUAUUACAGAUAUAAAUGUGAUUUUCAAAGAUUUGGGCAUGAUGGUUCAUGAGCAGGGAGACCUGAUUGACAGCAUAGAAGCCAACGUGGAAAACGCUGACAUCAAUGUGCAGUCUGCCACACAGCAGCUGGCCAGGGCGGCAGAUUACCAGGGCAGAUCACGGAAGAAGAUCUGCAUACUCAUCGUGAUCCUGGUUGUGGUUGCUGUGGUUAUUGGUUUAAUCAUCUGGGGUUCGCUCAAAAGCUAACGUCUCAGCCGCCGUUGGAAUCCAUGUGGUCCUGUCAUGCUGGUCCAAUAUUCCAAGUGUUCAUCAUCCUUCUAACAAAUUUUUAAAUCCCUCGCAUUUUAUUGCAAGUCUCAUUACAGUUAUACAUUCGAUUAAAUGAUUUCCUUCCUGCUGUUUAUAAAACGUACAUUUUUCAGUAAUGAAGAUCCGCUCUGUGUACAUUUAAAAGAUUUUUUUUUUUUUUACAAUGUUAAAGUGCCACACCAUAGAUUCCAUGGACAUUUGUGAAUGAAUUUACAGAUACGAUCUACAGCUUUAAUUCUUAAGGCUUUUGUUGCCAUGUAAAGCACUGAAAUGUUUAUGUAUCAUUUAUAACUUUAAACACUGCAGCUCUUCACAUUGCAGUAACAUGAUUAAUUGUAUACAGAUUAAAUAAUGCCAUUUUUUUCAGUAUGAUAGUUUUAGCCAUUUUGACUUUAUAUUUGAUUUCUUUAUAUUUGAUCUCCACUGUGCCAAUACCAGGCUUGUGGCCUGUUAUGUCGGUUGCAGGUGCAAUGAAGAUACAUGUCUUCCAGAUCAUCUUAAGGUCCCCAAAGCCAACAUGAGUUUAUUACUUUCCUUAGAACUUCCAUGUUCUAAAGAACAUGGAAGUUCUAAGGAAGAACAUGUCAGCACUUCCAUGAUCAUUCUGGUCCUCUAACUCAAUGAUUCCCAAUCGCCGGGGGCCUCCAGACAGUCCAUGUUUUUUGUUCUCCCCCAGCUCCCAGCCAAUCGAGAACGCCAAACACUUGGUACGGGUCUCUUAGGAGCGGUAAGAGCGCAAAUAUGUGGACUCUCUGGGGGUUCUACUGGGAAGUCCAUCAUGACAGACCUUGGCUUGCCACAUCUGUCACCUGCCUCCUUCCAUUGGGGGACAGAUGGCUCAUUUUUUAAUCGACCUGAUCUGAGGCGUCGCCACCCAAUCCUGCUGUAUUUGACUUAUACGGUUACACGGCAUGACCCUGUACUUCUUGAUCAGAGACAUAAUUUUGUGUAACACAUAGUAAUUUCUGGGCGAGGGGGGAUUUCAAAUAUGAAGUAACAAUAAGAAUAAAGGCUUUUAAGCUUUGUAUGUGUUUAA